AAAAAAAAAGGAGCAGAGCUCACGGAUCCCGAGUUAACGUCAGCCAAUUACCCGCUUCUCUCCCUCUCUCUCUUCACUUCAGCAUAACAGCUCAGCUCAGUUGGAGCUCAUCUCAACUGCAUGUUCCCCUUCCUUCCUUCUGCUGCCUGAUCCCUUCCCCCCACUCCGUCCGAAUUCUCCUCUCCCUUCGGCUCCCCAAUCUCGAAUUCCUCCCUGGAGCUGUCCAUUCGCGGUUGCCGUCCGGAAUUUGGCGCCGGAGAUACAUGGCGACGCUCGGUGCUAGCAUCGCUGCAGCUCCUCCCUGGAGCCCCGAGGACGACCUCUUGCUGAAAAAUGCCGUCGAGGAAGGUGCCUCGCUUGAAGCACUUGCUAAAGGAGCUGUUCGAUUCUCGAGAAAGUUCACCGUCACGGAACUGAGAGACCGGUGGCAUUCUCUUCUUUACGAUCCGGUUGUAUCAGCUGAAGCUUCUCUGCGUAUGGUUGAGUAUGAACUGUCGGCGAAGAAAUCGGGGAGUGGGAACAAGAAUUUGGAAGUUGCCUCGAAAAGGAAGUAUGAAAGUGUACGCAGAUUAUAUUAUGCUAUGCGGAAACGUAUUUGCAGAGACUCUAGUAUUCCCGACUUAUCUGAUGCGAAUGAUUAUCUUAUGGAUCCAAGUACUGUUGAAGGAAGCAAUCCCAAUGGAUAUGUGAGAGGUGAUUGCUUUGACGGCCUGCCUGAACGGGUCCAAGUCUUCUCGCUGAAACAAUCGGCAAGGCGUGGUGAUGCUUCCACUCAGCAGAAGAAUGCCUAUGGUGAAUUCCCUAGCACAUGUGGAGAUAGAACUGAGCUAAGGGAGGAAACUAGCCCCUCAAAUGCUCUUCCAAAUAGUGGUGCGUCAUUUCACUUAUCUAGGUUCCCAUGUUCCCAUUCUAGUCUUUCUUUGUGGAAACAUACCGGGGACAAUUCAAUGCAUGAGAUGCCAACGAAUGUGAGCCUUGAUAAUAAAGUUCAGGUGGUAGGAGAGGCAAUGCUGCCUCCUGGCAGCAUGGACUGCGCAAAAUGCAGUUUAAUAAAGUACGAGCCCCAGCAUACCGAGCAAGUGUUGUCAGAUGAACAUAAUGGGGAGCAAAUUGGUGAGCCUGCUCCCCUGUCAGACCCAUAUAUGAUGGAUAUUUCCGACUGUUUAUUAAACUUUGCAAAUGAGGAGGACGUAGUUUCCAUAGACAUAGAUGGGAAAGGUGCAAUAGAUGCUGGGCACGAUGUAAAAGAUAAGAACAGUUGUGUCACUUUCAUCAGUGAUUCAUGCGUCUUAAAUCGUCCUGAUGAUAAAAUUGAAGACAAUGCUCUAACUCCAAGUGAUGCUCAGGAGAUGGAGGGAACCAUGUGCCAAGCAAGUUGUGGUUCUGCAUCUGCAGAAAAAUCAGAUGCUGCUGCUGGCCUGUCAGACCCCUGUCAUUCUGGAUCCGCGACUAAGUCAAGUACCAAGUUUAUUGUAGAUACUUAUGAUGAAGGGAUGGUAUGCACAUUGAACACUGAGGACCCAGAAAUUCCAUGUAAUGACGAUAUUACCCCACAGACAGCGCUUUACGGUUCUGCAAUACAACAGCGCCACGAUAGGUCCACCAUCCAUGCUUUUCCCUCCUCUAACAAAGAAAAGAAGGCAGAAGAACCAAGCAUCUCUAAAAAUGAGGAAAAGAAACUAGAGUCAGCUUCUAUGGUUUAUACGAUCGUGGAACCACACAUACAGGCGGAUGCUGUGCCAAACUGUGAUCUUGUUAAUUCUGGAGCCAAGUUUGAGCUUUCUCAUGGUCAAGGUGCUGGUAUUUUGUUGAAAGAAUCUGCUGAUCAAGCAGACAUGAAUCUCUGCAGACAAUCAGCUGAUUCUUCUAGUCAUGCAGAAGACUAUACAUUAUCAGAGAAGUCUCCUGCCACUGAUUUCCUGAUGAAAGCGGCUGAGAAUUCUAGUAUGAGCAAUAUCUCUGAGUUAGAUGGAAGCCCCUCAGUAAUAGAUUAUGAAGAAAAUGAGAGCGAUCCCCAUAUUCCCAACUUCGAUGAUAUUGAAGCCAUGAUACUUGACAUGGAUUUAUGGCCAAAGGAUUGGGAGUCUUCUGCGAGCAAAGAAGUCUCAAAGUAUAAACGUGAGGAUGCUAGGAGGGCCAUCAUUAGAAUGGAGCAGAGUGCACGGUCUUCUAUACAAAGAGCCAUUGGUUCCCGAGGUGCGCUUGCCGUUCUGCAUGGGCGUCAUUCCAAGCACUAUAUUAGGAAAGUCGCGGUCAUACUUGGCAGAUCAACCGAUGAUUUUGAAGUUGACAUUGACUUAUCAGGAGAAGGAAGAACCAACCGAAUAUCUAGGCGACAGGCACUGAUCAAGUUAGAACAGGAAGGUUCUUUCUCUAUGAAGAACCUGGGGAAGAGCUCGAUGUUUCUGAAUGGAAAAGAAGUCUAUAAAGGCCAGUCCAUACGUCUUACUCCGAGCUGCUUGAUCGAAGUGAAGGGCAUAGCAUUUGUUUUCGAGAUGAACAACAAAUCUGUGAGGCAGUACCUCGGGAAACUUGCUCAGGAGAGCCAAAGGGAAACCAACAGUUUCGAGUGGUCCCCUGAGGGGUUUCCUUGAGCAGACAGGUGGUACGAGCUUCUCCAAGUUAAUAAUAUAUUUGCUUAGCAGAAUUAGAAUGGAUCGUCUUAAUGUAUGUCAGGUAUGAUCCUAUAGCUGCUUUCGAGCCUUUUAUAUGCUACUGAUGGAGAUAACGUAUACGAGAUUUCAAGUCUCAUUUGCAUGUGUACAGUUGCAGGAACCUGUCUUAUGAUAAGGAAAUGAAACAAAAAAAGGUAUUUUAUAGAGCAGUCAUCCUUGAAGGAUCCA